CUCCCUCCUCUCCCUGAGGGAAAAGCAGGAUCAUAAAAUAGUGCUAAUAGUAACUCAGAGCUCGCCUCAUUGAAAAGGAUCAAAGAACGAACAGGACAUGGGGAAAUAAUCAGAGAAGUGUUUAUUAGUUGUAAAUAGAUGAGAGAUUAAGCAGGAGACCAGCGGUUUAGGGAGGAAAAAGAGGGAUAUUUUUUUUUCUUCCGGAGGAGAGAAAGGGGAGGUCAGCCACGGUGGGAGAAGGGGCUCCUUUUUAAAAUUUCACGUCUUCCCUGUCCUCUCCGCACCCCGCAUCUAGUCUUCCCGUCCGUGGAAAUGCCUCCCGUCCUUCCCUUACUUCGCCUCACCUUCGGUCCCUCCGGUGUGGGACCGCGGCCACUUCCCAGAGGCUGCUCCGAUGCCCGCUGGGGCUGCCCGGGUGAUGGGGCCUCUAUCUGGGGCUGGGGAGCAAAAUGAGACCCAACGGCCAACUGCGGGCUGCGGGCCGCCGGCCCUGCGGUCCCACUCGCGCCGAAGUGGUGGAAAGUUGCGGCCGAAUUCGCUUCUCCCGGCGCUUCUGGGCCGCCGGCGGGGCCGGGUCUUUGGGGGAAGCGGCUGGAGUUCCCCGCCGAGCCUGGAGCCGGGCGUCGCGCUUCCCGGGGUCUCGAUCCAUACCUUCCCAGACAUAUACCCCUCAUUCGGGUGAAGAGAAAACAAAAACGCUGAGCGGCCCGGCUCCGAGCCCAGGCAUGGAGUGCUAACUCCAACGCGGAACAAUUUCUAUCAGAGAAUAACGGAGCACAAAAUAAUUCAGCAAGGCGGAUGGGCAGGAGCACGGUGUGAGAUCCCCGCGCGGUGAAGCGGCUGCAGAGCGGACCGCGCCGCACAGCCCGGGAGGACCAUUUCGUUGGAGUGUAGGGCGAGGCCGCAGCCCGGACCCGGACCCAGCCGCCCGAGGGCCAGUCUCUAAAUUACAGCCCAUCAGGAGGACUCGGAAAUGCAAAACAGGGAGCCGAAAGAUUUAAACAGUCGGAGGCGGAGGCGUCCCGACGCGGCCAAAGCGAAAAUCAAUCACGUAAUUAAAACGGGGAGAGGGCGAGGCCCGAGCUUGGGGGUCCGGGGUUCGGAGGAGGCAGCCAAGGUGCGGGCCGAGGUGGGCGAGCGGCCUGAGGAUGGGGCUCUCCCGUCGCGGCCGGAGCGCGGAGGGGCUGCGGGGAAGUUUGUAACAGAUCGCUAUUGAUUCCCGCUUGGCUGGAAAGAGCAGGCUGUGUGUCCUCUUCUAGGCCGGACCCUGAAGCCGCCCGAUGGGCCCUUCCCGGGCUCCCCCAUUUUCAUGGGGUCGUGGCGUGUGGUGAUCCCUGGGGUGCCCCGAUCUGUCCAGGCAGGUUUGUCUGAGAGCGCAAGUGGCACCAAGACGUUGCCUCUGGGUUUAAGGGGGUAGAGGGAAGUGGCACCCUAGUUUCAGACACUUACAUGUUGCCUUUGGACUGGAUUCCCCCACCCCAGGAAUCAAGGCUUGCCUUUGGAAUGACUCUCAUCUAGGCAUCCAGGUUUGGAAGGGAGGUGAGUGGGCUUAUUAAGGGGAGACUUGGGCCUGAGCUAACUGGACCCCUUUGGGCAGGGAACAAGAAGGAACAGUUCCUGGAGGAAAAAAAUAAGGCACGCAGGGAGCUCUGUUUGUGAGGGAAUGGUGUUCUUGUUAUUACUGAGGUUAAUGAUGGUAAUGAUCAGGUAUGGCUGGGUCAGCCUGGAGAGAACAAGCUCUCACAGCCCUUUCUCACAGAGGCUUCUCUGGAGAAGUCACCAGCUCCCCAACUUGGGUGUGAUUGGGGCGAAUAAAAUGAAGACCUUUCCUCCCUUUCCCUGCCCUUUCCUCUCCCGUUCCUUAAGAACUCCAGAAAAAAAGGGGAAACCUUAUAAAAUCUUCAACUCCCCCCCAUCAUUUUCCUCUGCUCUCUCCAGUUCAGUAAAAUGCAUCAUCUUUGGGCACUGGGCUUUUGCCGGGCGCCCUUCUUAGGAAGUUCAGCAGGCAGUUACUGGGCCAAGUCCCCAUGAAUUCUGUUUCUGACCCUGGAGGAGACCCAGGAUUCUCUUGCCUGCUCUAUUGGAAUUCUCCCUCUAUCCUUAGCCUUUCCCAGUCUCUACCUUCCUUGGUCCUGGGUGUCUAAUCCCAUGGGUCUCUGGCAGCUCAGAGGCCAAGAGCAUGUUGAGAUGCCCUCAUCAGCUCCCCAAAGGGAUCCCACCUUCCUAUCGGCUUCUUAAUUCUGGGAGCACUAGGUCAGGGAGCUCUUUGUAAGCCCCCCUAAGCCAGCCUAAUUCCUAGAUCUUUCAAAACCACAUUUAGAGAGCUUUAAAAGUAAAAGUCCUUCCCCCCUCUAACAGGAAAGUUCAGGUUACAAAUCUUCAGCAGCGCAAGCUUCCUGCAGCCAUAAGUCAGAAUUUUCAACAACAACAAAAAAGAGGAGUUAAAGCUUGCAUCAAAGGGAGAAGGGGACACCCCAGCCCCAAUUUUAAAGGGGAUGCAAUCCAGCAGCCUUGGACAAGAGUGGGGGCCUCACUUGACAAGAGUCAGUGAGGCCACGAUGGGCAAGGAAGGGGGUGGGGAACCCAACCUCUAACUAACAAUUUCUCCAGCAUAAAAAUGAAACAUCAAAUUCGUUAGCCCAGGGCCUUCAUUUUUCCCCUUCCACAUUAUAACUAGUUAUUGAACUCGUUGGAAGAUCUAAAGGCCAUUUGCGAAGAGACAAAUUUCAAUGGAGUUUCCCCAUCAAUAACCCCAUGGCAGUGACCUAUUGGAACAAGUCAAACACCCGAGGUGAAAUGCAGGUCACUCUGUCUAACCAAUAUUAAAAUGCAGCCACUUUUUAAAAAGCCACUUUAAACGAGAUUUGAGGAAAAUUGAAUUCCAAGAAAGGCAAAGCAAGGAGGGGGAAAUCCAUGAGAGGACCUCGCCUAUGGUCUCCGAAUAAACAAGAGAGAUUCAUCUUUAAUAUUUAAAGGGGGGAAAAUUAACAUUCCAUGAUUGCUUUUUUUUUUUUUUUUUGAGACUAUAAGCGAUUCUAGGAGAAAAAAAAAGGUUGAGUAUUUUCUGGUGACACUUCUGGGUUAUUAAAAUCAUUUUAGACCAAUUCAUUACUUUUACUGACAAGAGAUUUAAGAAAAAAUCAAUUAAGCAUUUGCAUAUUCUUUUGCAUACAUUAGCCCUGCCUGCUGGCAUUAGAAAGGGACAAAACACAUACAUAUAUACAUAUACACACACGGGGAAAAAUGGGAGCCUUGCUUUAGUUUGGGGUUUUCAAGUUGCUCGGAGAAAAAAUAAAAAUGAAAUGAAUUACUUGAUUGUAUACCAUCUAAAAGUCAAUUUACUUGAGGAAGAAGAAAGAGACAUGUUGCAAUUUUUAAUCUCUAAAACAACAACAAAAACCACCUACACACACGGGCGCGCAUGCCCGCACACACCCACACCCUGCACUUCUGAGAGUGGGAAGUGGAUUGACCCUCAUUUUCCUUCUCUUUGCCCUCCAAGUCCUGAGUUGGUUCUCCCACUUAUUUUUCUCCCUAGGAAAAUCCAGGGAUUCUGAGACGUGAGAUUUUAAGGCAUCGCAGAAUCAGUGGAGCCGCUGAGGUCUCUCAGCCGGCAGCUUGUUACCGGGGAGGGGAGGAAUAUGGGUUAUCCAACGGUCAGUAUGGUAAUCCGGGCACAAUAAGGCCUCGCACACAAUGGACACAUAUUUUUCUUCAGCGGUGUCAGAAGGGAAGCGCUUUGUACUGAAACAUGUUUCCGAAAGAGAAACCAGAUCAAGACUUAGAAAGGAUAUGGGGUGAGGGGGGCAUUCAGACAGUGAUGGCUUAGAGGCUGGCAAAAGGUGAUCAGAAAAAAUAAAAAAUAAAAUUGGGGCAGAGAGAGGUGGAGGGCAGAGCAGGGGUUGGAGAUCCCUGGGCUGAGGAGGCAGAAGGGCGAAGCACAAAAGGAGAUACAAGGAUUCAUCACGGGCAAGAACCGCUUUAUUGCCCCCCACCCCAACCCGUUAAGCCAGUGCUAAGUACAGAAGCCCUCCGAAGGGAUCUUAUUUCUGUGCUUGCAAUAAUAUCCUGGUGAAAAUGUUCUUGUGUGUGUGUGUGGUAGAGUCUGGCUUGUUAUUUUCCGCAUAGGCAACUUUCUUGCUAUUAUAGGAGCCCAAAGAGAGGGUUUUGGUAAGUGAUGUAGAUAAGUGUGGGCAUACUUGGGGGAAUCUCCCAGAUUUCACUUUCUGGAUGUGCAUAUCGAAUUAGCUGUGAAAACCUGGAAUGAAAACUCCACAGAUUUAUGGCUGCAUAAGGAGGCAUUUAAUACAUUAAUAAAUGUUAAUAGUAUGAAUGCAAAUAUAUUUGUUAGCAGUAAUAACCAAAGACGGAUUGGACACGUGGUUGGAGGCAUCUGAACUCUCUGGAUCUACUUACACGUACUGGCCUGAAGUGGGUUUCGGGCUCCCGUUCCCUCGACCCACCUGCAGGAGCUCUGAAUCCUAGGGAGUGGUGGUGUGAGAUGUGCAAUGCCUUGGGAAGGACUCCCUAAUUAAGACCAAGAGGGUGAAGAGAUGGAAGAAAAGCGAGCUGAGGCGGGGGCAGGGCUGCUAGAAGGUGAAUGUGAGGACUGCGAGGAGGGGAGCCAGGUGGAGCAGAGAUUAUUCCCUACCUGGAUGAGGUGGGGCUACCUGAUCCAGGUGCAGGCCUAGAAGGGAGGAUGGGGGUGGGGCUGGAAGGCUUUCUCCCUCAGCAGCCUUCCGCCCACCCUACCUGAGCUCUCAGGGACUUUGCCUCUCCCCAGGCAGCAGUCUGGGGCUGGGUUCAGAAUUUUUAUGUGGAUCGGCAGUCAGCAUUGGUUUCCCUCGCCACUUCCAACAACUUAUAAUUAACCUAUCCCCCUCCCACCAAUAAUAAAACCCUCACGCACUCCAAAUCACUGUCAACCAAGCAGCAGCCUUCCCCUUCUCAGUCUCAAGUUCCUCUUCCAACCAAACCAGCCAGUCCUCACACGCAGAGGGUCCCGGACAGGAGUGGGCAGGAGUUCUCAACCAACUUUGGAAAUCUGAGAACCUCUUCUAAGAGAUGGUCAACCUCCAGGGAAUUCCGGUUCUCUCACCCAUCUGGUGGUAGGGGUCGGGCACUGACCUCUUGGGGAGAGGGUAUCCAGGGACCCCCAAGCACUGGCUCUUGGUGAGCCUGGGGUGAGUGUGGGGGGCUUAAGCAUUGCAGAAGGGAAGGCAGCCAGGGGCCCAGGCAGGGUGAAUCAGUCCCUUUGGGCAUCGGCUGUGGCCCAGCUCUCGUUCCAGCCCUCAGGGUGAGCCCUCAUUUGGAAGUGGGGACCCUCUCUGACAUCCCAAAGGUGGUGAGAGACAGAUUGGAAAUCUCCCACCUUCAGCCUCCCUCUCACAAGGGUUUUAUUUUUUUCCCUUUCCCCUCCUCAUUCCCUUAAUUGCAGAUGUUCUAAUUAAACCCUCAAAUAGUUGUUAUGCGGUUUUAAAAGGUACUUAUUCAAGUGUCAACCAGGCUGGGCAGGGAGGAGGCAGCGUAGGGCGGCGAAUUAAAGGUAGAUUGACUAAUCACAGUGGCGAUCAUAAUAAUAAAAUCAGAGGGAAAAAAAUCACAUUACGACUUUUCGUGGAAAGGAGGGAGCAGGCAGCCAGCGGCCGCCAGCCCUGCGCUGCCGCCGACACAAAGAGUGCGGGCGAUUCCACGAGACUGAUUUAUGACGUUUUACAGCCCUAUAAAAGCUGUAGCGACGAGGCAAGCGCUUCUACCACCGCUGGCAGAUUUAGUCUAAUAAAUAAAACAUAAACAGUUAACUUUAUGUGUCACUUUUAUUGUUAUCAAGUAAAAUAUAGCCGAGCCCCGGCAAGCUAUGAUUUUAAACUAUAAUUGUUAUCAAGUGCAACAAGGGGACCCGGCUCCCUCCCUGGGCUCUCCCUUCUGCCACCCCCCUCAACUCUGAGUUAUGGGAUCAGUUAAUUGGAAUUGGUGCAAGACGUGGCCACCCCUGGCUGAGGGGGAGUGUGUCAGAAAGCAGCUCUUCCUUGCCCCCUCCCUCCUCCAUGGCCCUGCCACCCCACCAUCAGGGUAUGCCUGUGGGUGGGUAGCAGAGAGAGGGGAGGGUGCAGGAACGGGCUGGAGACCCCCAAGGCCCGCCCGGCAUCCCCAGCUUCGUGAGCUCACCCUUCAGCUUUUGGAAGGCGGCCUGGAGCUGGCCCUUGGGGAUGCGUGUUUACAUGUAAACACAUGUGUUACAUGGAUACAAUCCCUGGCCGGAAGCAGGCUCUACAGACGAAGGCCUCCCCCUUAGCUAGGUCUGCCUUCUGUGGGGAUGGAGAAAGAAGAGCUCCCUGGGCCUUGGCUGGGCACCAUCCCAGGGCACUGGCCCCUGGCAGAGUGCUCUCCUCCCUGCUCCAGGUCCUCGGGAACCAGCCUUGGAGGCGGUUGUCAGAAAGCAGCAGGCCAGACGGAAUGGAGAGUGGGAACAGCGGCCAGCAGGAGAGAUCCUCUGCUCUGGGCUGGGAAGAGAGGGUUAGUGGGUACUCGGGGAGGGCAAGGCUUCUGAACUCUGCUUUUGCCAACCACUUCCUGUCUCUCUUCAGCGGGGGCUCAACCCCCAGACCUCCAGAAAUGACGUCAGAAUCAUUUGCAUCCCGCUGCCUCUACCUGCCCGGUCCAGCUGGGACCCUGCCUCGCCGGCCCCAUGGCCAGAGGGUUGGGUGAGUGUGUAUGGGGAAGGGGGCUGGACUCUGGUCUCCUUGGAUGGGGGGCAUCCCAGGCUCACCGGCUUCCUGGGCUCAGCCUGGGCCUCUCCCCAUCCAACCUCCACUCCAGUCCUCAUUCAACUUCCUCUUCCUGCGAAAGAGGGGCGCUGCCACGGUGCCCUACACAGACUGAGACAGGACCGCCAUGAAUGGAGACCUCUGUAAAAGCUCGGGAGCCGAAGCCCGAGGGGCCCACCGGAGGCCCAAGGGGAGACCCUGGGAGGGGGCUGAAUCACAGCCUCCCGACAGCCCCCCAGUGCCCAGGCUUUAGAAGGGAGCUGGGGCUUCCCAUCUCCUUUUGCAGGGGAGGGUUGUCAGUCGGCGGGGUGUGCACUGGGGGCACCGCGGCCCCUGCCAGCUAACCCCGCAUCACCGCCACCACCCCCCCAGCACCACCACCACCACACACACAAAAAAAAUUGGAUACAUUUUGAAUAAAGCGAUUCGGUUCCUUAUCCGGGGACUGGGUUGCUCCGUGUGAUUGGCCGGCGGAGUCACAUGGUGAAAGUAACUUUACAGGGUCGCUAGCUAGUAGGAGGGCUUUAUGGAGCAGAAAAACGACAAAGCGAGAAAAAUUAUUUUCCACUCCAGAAAUUAAUGAUCAUGAGCUCGUAUUUGAUGGACUCUAACUACAUCGAUCCGAAAUUUCCUCCAUGCGAAGAAUAUUCGCAAAAUAGCUACAUCCCUGAACACAGUCCGGAAUAUUACGGCCGGACCAGGGAAUCGGGAUUCCAGCAUCACCACCAGGAGCUGUACCCACCACCGCCUCCGCGCCCUAGCUACCCUGAGCGCCAGUAUAGCUGCACCAGUCUCCAGGGGCCGGGCAAUUCGCGAGGCCACGGCCCGGCCCAGGCGGGCCACCACCACCCCGAGAAAUCACAGCCGCUCUGCGAGCCGGCGCCUCUCUCAGGCGCCUCCGCCUCCCCGUCCCCAGCCCCGCCAGCCUGCAGCCAGCCAGCCCCUGACCAUCCCUCCAGCGCCGCCAGCAAGCAACCCAUAGUCUACCCAUGGAUGAAAAAAAUCCACGUUAGCACGGUGAACCCCAAUUAUAACGGAGGGGAACCCAAGCGCUCGAGGACAGCCUACACCCGGCAGCAAGUCCUGGAAUUAGAGAAAGAGUUUCAUUACAAUCGCUACCUGACCCGAAGGAGAAGGAUCGAGAUCGCCCACUCGCUGUGCCUCUCUGAGAGGCAGAUCAAAAUCUGGUUCCAAAACCGUCGCAUGAAAUGGAAGAAGGACCACCGACUCCCCAACACCAAAGUCAGGUCAGCGCCCCCGGCCGGCGCUGCACCCAGCACCCUCUCGGCAGCCACCCAGGGCACUUCUGAAGACCACUCCCAGAGCGCCACGCCACCGGAGCAGCAACGGGCAGAGGACAUUACCAGGUUAUAAAACAUAACUCACACCCUGCCCCCACCCCAGGCCCCCAUCCUCCCCUCACACACAAAUUGACUCUUAUUUAUAGAAUUUAAUAUAUAUAUAUAUUUUUUGGUUCUUUUCUCUCUUCCUCCCACCUUAUCCCUUGUCAUUUCCAAACAGACAAAACAGAUAAACAAACAAGCCCCCUGCCCUUCUCUCCUUUCCACUGUUAAGGACCCUUUUAAGCAUGUGAUGUUGUCUUAGCAUGGUACCUGCUGGGGUUUUUUUUUAAGGCCAUUUUGGGGGGUUAUUUAUUUUUUAAGGAAAAAAAGCUGCAAAAAUUAUAUAUUGCAAGGUACGAUGGUCUGGUUUAGGUGCGUUUCAGGGGAAAUGAGGAAAAGAAAAAAGGAAAGAGAUUUUUAAGCCAAUUCUCCUCCUUCUUCUUUCUCCUCCUCCUCCUUCCCCGCUCUUUCCUUAGGCCUUUUGCAUUGAAAAUGCACCAGGGGAGGUUAGUGAGGGGGAAGUCAUUUUAAGGAGAACAAAGCUAUGAAGUUCUUUUGUAUUAUUGUUGGGGGGAGCUGGGAGGAGAGGGGGGGAAGACAGCAGACAAAGCUAAAUGCAUCUGGAGAGCCUCUCAGAGCUGUUCAGUUUGAGGAGCCAAAAGAAAAUAAAAAUGAACUUUCAGUUCAGAGAGGCAGUCUAUAGGUAGAUACCCCUCACCCCCCCAUCGUGGUUAUUGUGUUUUUGGACUGAAUUUACUUGAUUAUUGUAAAACUUGCAAUAAAGAAUUUUAGUGUCGAUGUGAAAUGCCCCGUGAUCAAUAAUAAACCAGUGGAUGUGAAUUAGUUUUA